AUGGGGCCUACUGAGCCAGAUAUCCUCGAACUACCCUUCACAGAUGCCGCAAGGGGUCUCAGGUACCGCCUCUCGACCUCGGAUGACCAAGCGUCCAUGCGCACGAUAGACAGUUCCUUCGUGACAGAUCGGGUUUUCCAGCUUCAAUCCCGCAUAUCCAACUUAGAACUCGGAGAUAUAGGCUUCGGGUUGGACAUCAAGGCAGUUCAGUUAGACACUCCCUUGCACAAAUCCUUCCCAGAUGAUGAGGACUCGGAUGGGGACGACGAGUCACCGGAUUGCUUCACAGUGGUAGUCGAGGAUAUCAAUGCGCUAUCUACUAUGGAUUCACCGACAAUAGAUCCUAAUACCACCGGGAAUAAUAAUAAAAUCGUCGCAUUUAUAUCUGCCAAGUUCUCCAGCUGGAACGCUCGAUUGAUCAUCACUGAUAUCGAGAUCAGCCCAUUGUACCGACGCCAAGGAAUCGGACGGAAUCUAAUCCGCUUCGCGGAAGCGCUUGGCUCUGCUAGAUGGCCAGUCCGCCAUGUCUGGUUGGAAGUAUCGAAUGUUAACUAUCCUGCUAUCCAGAGCUAUCUGAAGAUGGGGUUCAAGAUAGCUGGCCUGGACGUCUCGUUGUACGUUGGUACCCAGGCAGAGGGAGAAUUUGCGAUUUUCAUGUGGAAGGACGUAUCAGGAUCAGCAGAGGCAGUAUCAUAG